AGGGUGUGGAAAACAGGGCUUCCCGUCCGCUCAGCCGUACUUAAGCCACACGCCGGGAGGUUAGUAGUUGGGUGGGUGACCACCAGCGAAUCCCUUCUGUUGUAUGUUUUUGCUUUGAGUAGUGCUCUCGAUGAAAUCCGUGGAGCCAUGCAGCUACUAGAAAUCAUAUUCUUUUUCGUUCUGCGAUCGAAUCCGAAUGUAUACCGAACUCUCGGGUGUAUCUUAACUUAG